GCCAGACGCCGCCAAGCUUGUGCGGGGGAGAGAGAGCGAUAGCAAAGCUGACAGAGGCGACUGUUGGGGCUGCUGAGGGAGAGGCGAGGCGGGCCGGCCGGCUGGGCUGUAGAGCGACCAGAGGCGGCAGCUGAGGCCGGGUGGAAGUGUCCUUACACAUGUUUUACUCAGAAGUAAAUCCCACUGAUUUCAAUGAAGCUUAACCCCAAGCUGAAGAGAGAUUGUUAUGAUGGCUGUGUUCACUUAUGAAGAUAUCCACUUGUAAAUGGAGUGCUUCUGCAUUUGACUGCUCAUGUCUGGCACCAUCUCAAGUUUCCUCUGAAUAGUAACAAAGACUGGAGACUUGGUACUGCAGUAAAAGGCAUGCUUCCUUAGUCCAGGGAAUAUAUCGUUUUGGUUUCUGUCUUCCUGGGUGCAUGAGAGGUGAAAGGAAAAGCUACGCAGCACAGCUGCUGCCUGUCUCCACGGGCACAAGUCCUGGGUAUGGUCACCCCAAUUCUCAUACAGACAGAUCAGGUGCUUCUGCUUGACAUACUGGGAUCAUGUUAUAUUGAAUUUAUGACCUUCUGGUAAUUUCAUGGCAAAAGACUGGUAACCUAAAUAAAGAAUUGACCUCAUAUCAGAAUAGCGAACAGAGAAUCAACAACUAAAGAACUGUCUCCUACAAUGGAUUACAUACCCUUUCUAAAUAGUGAAGUAACAAGGACAAGCAUAGAAAGCCUGUGAAAGAAAAUAUUUCCAUAAUUGCACUACCAGUGUAUACCAUCAACUCACCAUCUAAGAUUUUGCCAAAAACAUUUGCACCAAUAAAUGUGAAUGUUGAACCCCAAAUGAUUAUAAGCACACCACAAAGACUGACCAAUUCGGGAAGUGUUCUCAUUGGGUGUCCCUACACCACAGCAUCAGCCAUGGUCACACAGAUGCAUAUAACUGAAGCCACUGGCUGGGUUCCAGGGGAUAGAAAACGAACUCAAGACUUUAUGGAAUCAGAUUUUUCGGAAAGUAAAAGAAGCAGAAAAGGAGAUAAAAAUGGAAAGGGUUUGAGACAUUUUUCAAUGAAAGUAUGUGAAAAGGUCCAGCAUAAAGGAACAACAUCUUAUAAUGAAGUUGCAGAUGAGCUGGUAUCGGAUUUUACAAACUCUAAUGGCCACUUAGCUACAGAUUCAGUUUAUGAUCAGAAGAAUAUUAGGCGGAGAGUUUAUGAUGCCCUCAAUGUAUUGAUGGCGAUGAACAUUAUUUCAAAGGAGAAAAAAGAAAUCAAAUGGAUAGGUCUUCCUACAAACUCGGCUCAAGAAUGUCAAAACCUUGAGAUAGAGAAACAACGGCGUAUAGAACGUAUAAAACAGAAGAGAGCUCAGCUGCAAGAACUUAUACUUCAGCAAAUUGCUUUCAAAAAUUUGGUUCAAAGAAAUCAACAAAACGAACAACAGACUCAGGGAGCUCCAGCUUUAAAUUCUACAAUACAACUGCCUUUUCUAGUAAUAAACACAAGCAAAAGUACCGUCAUAGAUUGCAGCAUCUCUCCUGACAAAUUUGAAUACCUUUUUAAUUUUGAUAGCACUUUUGAGAUCCAUGAUGACACUGAAGUAUUAAAGCGAAUGGGAAUGUCACUUGGCCUAGAGACAGGCAAAUGCUCAUCGGCAGACCUAAGAGCUGCUAAAUCACUAGUGCCUAAAGCUUUAGAAAGCUAUGUCACAGAUAUGUCUACAGGAAUUUACUGCUUGAACCAGGGGCUAGUUUUAAAUUCAGCUCAAGCAGGUUCUGCUUUGGCCACAGCUGGGAAUACUGCUCUUUUUAAGUCAAGUGGAAAUCCAGGGUUGUGUCUAGAUUCUGAAGUGGCCUUAGCAACAGGCCAGCUGCUGGCUCCCAGCAGCCAACAGUCCAGCAGUGCAACAUCACACUACUCAGAGUCACGUGGUGAAACCCCCUGUUCCUUCAAUGACGAGGAUGAGGAUGAAGAUGACUCUUCUUCACCAGAAUAAAGGCACACUAGUCAUUUGAAAUACCCCUCUUGUGCACUACUCUUGUGCGCUUAACUCUCUUUACAUAGUUUUCUUCCACAUUUUGCCUCUUACCCUGUGCAAUUUUGUUGAAAUUUUUGAAAAGUGUCAGAGACAGGAAGCUGCUUAUAACAAGGCACAGGACAUUGUACUACUACAGAACAAGAAGAGAGGAUGACUCAGUGCUCAUACCUAUGCACAUCGGAGAGAAUGUGGAGCCCUUCAAACAAGCAAAGGACCUCUGGUGUGACAGUGUUCUCUUUCAUUGGUACCCAAAUCUCAUCCACAGAGGCAGAAUGGAUUUCUUCUCCCUGCAACAUGUUAAUGCCAUACUUAAACAGCACUACAGUGACAGACCGCCUGCACUUCCUGUCGGGACAUUCAUUUACCUAGGCCACUUCUCAUGCAUGGGUUGUUCCUCUUCUGUAUGCGUGGAGGGUCAGCUCCUGUGUUUUAUGUAUUUGUGUUUGUAGUCCUCACUGCCAGAAAGAAGUUGGAAGUGGUCCUGGUAGCCUGGUUGCAUAGGGGCCACCUGGAUCCAUGGUGGACUCCUCUGUAAUCUGCCAGGCAACUUGAGGACCCUCAUUAACAUUUGUGACAGGUAAGAGUGGGAUGUCCUUUCCCAAUAAGCUUUGAAAGGCACAUGGUUAGUGUGCAACUCCACAUCUCCCCUUCUGGGCCCAUAUACCGAAUAAUUGAAUUGGCUCGCAUUACUUUCCCCUUCACUAUUAGGGGAAAAAACACCUUUCAGAAAGGUCAGAGUGGACAAUGCACAAUUUUUCUUUUUAUAUCAUCAUCAGUUGCCUGCUUCUUUUCCCUUACAUCACAUAAGAUGCUCCUCUGCCCAAUUGUCAUUUUUUUUUCUACAGAAGAACACAAAUAUUUAAAACCACCGUGCCUCAUAAGACUAUGUGAUAGGGAAGCUAUUGAAGUUUUAUUCUGGUUGAAUAGCUGUGUGAAGAAGUGGUAUACAUUCACAAAGAGACAUGUGUUUUCAGCUUGAAAUCCUCUGUUUUAACUAUUCCAGAUUUAGUAUUUCAUCAGGUUAUCAUUUUCCCCUUCUACUGUCCAUUAAGCAGUGAGACAAUGCUCACAGCGCACUCUGUGCAGCUGCUGUUUUAAUUUAGAAAUGAAGAAACUGUAUUGAAGGAAUUUUUAAAAGAUGACAGUACAAAAUACUAAGAUUUUAACUGAUAUGUGACGUUCCCUCACACUUUUUAAUGGAUAAAGGAAGGUUAAAUUAUAGCAAAGCUUUCCCCCAUAGAAUCUUAAACUACAGUCCUAUGAAAUCCAAGCAAUUUUAGUUGACAAGUGUGUUCUGAAAUCAUAAUAAACUUGCUUUCUAAAUGUCUACUAGACCAAUGAAAUAUUAUAAAUUAUUUAAAUAAAAUACAGCUCUCUUUAGAGAACUAAAAAAUGAAUUUUUUUGAAGAAACUAUUUUGAUCUCAGGUUUUAAAAUAAUCUAUGAAGCCAUAAUCUUUGCUGCAGAUCAUACAGUGCUGAUAGGGAAAUAAGAAACUGGUAUCUUCAAGUGUAACAAUGGAUGUGAAUAUAUGAAUACAGUAAUCUAAAGAGGCUUUUUACUUUGAUUUUGUGUGUGUGUUAAAUGAGGCAGCUUCAGCUGAAAGUACUAUGAUCUAAUUUUGGGGAAAUUAUAAAGAAUGUUUUAGAGAAGGUAUAUACUAGGUUUUUUCACCCCAGACUGAUUUUUUUGCAUAUGAGUAUUAACAUCCAAAAGGAAAGCUCCAUUUUUAGUCUUUAAGGGCUACAUUGCCAUCUGGGAGGUAGCAGAAGCGUGUUCCAAUUUUUAAAAUUGCUUACUGUUUGUGAUUUGGCAAACCAUUAGGCAGUCUUUCACAUAUAUCGAAUGUAGGAUUUCACUAUGUUCCAGGCCUAGUGCUCUGAAUAGAACUCAAAUUCUGACACAAUCCUGUGUCAGAAUUGCUGACCAAAUGAGGAGGGAGGUGCUCAAUCUCUGAACGAAAACAUGGAGAUGUGGUAGAAUAAAAACAAAGUCAUUUUCACCUUCACUCUAACUUUCUCAUGGUAGGAGAUGCAUGUCUUUUUAAUGUGGGUCCAUCCAUUCACUGCAAACACAAGGAUUGGGGGAUAAACUCUACUUAGUAGCUUAUCUUUCCAGGUCUUUUAUCCCAGUUGGCUUUUAGUACCAGAAGUAAACUGGUUGGGAGAAAGGCACUUGAGGGAACAAGUUGAGGACAGGAAGAAGGUCUUGUGAGAAGCUUACCUGCAUGCUCCUUUGGCCUUCUAAAUCACACCCCCAAUUCCCUGCAUUACAAAAAAUUGCAGACCCAUGUUUAUAAAGCUGCUGUUCUACCUUGAUCAUUUCAGCCUUGUAGCAAAUCUCCUUCCUUCCACUCCACUAAACAACACACACACACACACACACAAACCUGGUAUCGCCACAUUGCAUGCAUAUAUUUAUGAAUCUAUUCCAAAGUAGAUUUGUAUGGAUGCAUGGACUUAUGGCCAUGUCUUAAGUGCAUAAUAUGGCCUAUAACCAGCACAAUUACUUAUAAGCAGUUUUAGGUCUUAGACAUUAAACAUAUUUAAGGGAAAGGGCAGAAAAAAUUUGGCCCUCCAGCUGUUGUUGAACUACCCCUGACAGCUUAUGCUGGCUAGGACUGAUAAGAGUUGUAUUCCAACACCUGCUAUAGUGGAGGAUCACAACUUCCCCAUCUCCAUUUUAGGGCAAUACAUCUUGAAGUGAAUGGUUACCUGAAAAUAGGAUGGCAGAUUAUGUGGUUCAAGAGGACAUUUCCCUUACAUAUGUACAGAGACAGUUCAAAUUCUGUGCCAGAGAGAGUUUAUUUCAUUAUUUCUCUUGUUCGUAUUUGAAAUGAUUUACUGUUCUGCCUCUAAUUUAUUCUGGUUUUGUUAGAGAGAGGCACAAAGUUAGGAAGGGCACUAUGGCCUUGCCUCAGCCACUGGAACUCGUGGUCCCCAAGAUUCAAGCAGGCAUUUAUCCACAACUUUCAAGCAUGUCAGCAUAAGUCAAAGGGCUGCAAACUUGCUGUUUUGUGUGUGUUUUGAUGAGAUUUUUGCAAAGCUGAAUUUUGUACCCCAGAACCAUAUUCUGAGAUUUGCCCCACAGAUGCGCACACACUUUUAUGAAAUUGGAGCUACACAUAACUCUGCCUACAUUUGUUCAUCAGAGUCCAUGGGAAGCUUUUGUGUCAUUAGAGCUCAACCCAGUUCUGCAAAUAAAAGCACUUUCAUGAAGCGUGUUCCUCACACAGCAUAACAGAACACUGUUCUCCUGCUCUUCCUCACUUAGUGUGUGUGUGCAUGACCACCAUGCUAGGUAGGGUGUUACAGGGAAUGAGAGAUUAAUGUUUCUUGACCAAGAAGAUGGGGGCAGAUGGAUGGGACAGUGAUAUGCAAGGAGUGGACAAGCUUCUUAUUCCACAUGAACAGCAGAUGGGAAAAGAUGGGGUUCUGCAAUGCCUUUUAUGAUUCCUUCAUGCCAAGUGCUGCAUUCAUAGGACUAGAGUGAACCCUUGAGAUUUCAUCAGAUUAAACUGGCAAUCUGAAUUGGGAGAAGGGGGAAGAGAGAAAAUUCACAGUAACCAAAGAGGCUGACCAUAUGGCAUGAAUAUUACGGAGCACUUUGUUAUCCUUCAGAACCAGUUUUGGAGUGAAAUGGUUGAAUGGUUGGGGAAAGUUCAGACUUCUUUGAAAACAACAAAUACAGGAAAAUCAAUUAAAGCAAUAUGGAUGUUCGCAAGUUAUUCCCUGCCUUUGUUGUAGUUGUCAGAUUUUGCUUAGUGGGUACGUACAGAAAGUAUAAGUAAAUAUGAAAUAUCCUUAAUGCUUUUAAACUGGAACCACAAUGCAAUGUUUAUAUGUUUUGUGUUAGUGGGAAAUAUAUGUUUCUUUGACAAAAAUGUCUUAAUUAAAGCAGGAAUUUGCAUCAUGCAAACCCACUGUCACUAACACAGGUGAAAAUAAAAUAGCCAAAUCAUAUUUGGAGUAGUGGUAUUUCAGGGAGUCUAUUCUGAGUAUGGUUGGCUUUGAUGCUGCCCAUAUGAAUUAAGCCUGGCACAAUGUUAAGUUUCUUCCUACCAUUUUUUAUGAACUGCAUUGGGUUGUACACAUCAAUAAAUGUCUGGUGUGCACACCUGAGCAAAACUGGUUAAAGAUUAGGAUCUGAAAAGUACAACCAUUUUAUUCCACCAGAGAACUUCUGACUAUGUCCUCCUAAUAGAAUUUAUGAUGGUCUGAAAGCAUUCUUGUCUUUACCAAAACCUUGAUAGUCUGUUUUAUCCAAAUGAUCUAAAGUCCUAUUUAUUUCUCACCACAUCUAUAUGCCAGCAGCAGAGAAACUUGUCAGAUGAUGGUAAUGAUUCAUGUGGCAAUGUUGUACACACAGAACAGCUGUGUCUCAAGUAGCCUUUGUGUAGUGAUCCAAAUAUUUAAACCAACCCCAGCACAUUGCAGCAACUUUAGUCUGUAGUUUGUAAAUGAACUUGCAGAAGAUGUAAUGUUCCAUGACUUAGCUACCAGAUAUUUUAAAAUCUGUUUUAUGCUAUUUUGUAGAGAGGCUGGGUUUUUCUGCUUGUGUUUGUUUUUUUACUACCGCAUAAUAUAUAGUUUGUGUGACUAAAGUGUGAAAAAUGUGGUAGUCUUGUGUAUGUCUUAAAAGAAAGAAGGCAGACGCAAAGAAACUCUUACACUUUAAGACUGUUGCUACUAGCAAUGUAAUAUGUCUGAUCUAAUAGAAAAAUGUUACCUUGUAGUAUAUCACAUACUUUAUAAAAAAACCAUUAUUUUUUUAUGGAAAUUUUAUAUAAGAAUCUAUUUCUGCAUAUUUCAAGUGAUCUUGUAUUUUAUUAAAGUGCUACAAGUAAGGAUUGUGCAGAAGAGUGCAAGUAUUUGCAUCUGAUUGAAAUGAAAAGCAUGCAUACUUUGAAGAAAAAUAAUAUCCUGCUGUUUGUGACCUGAGAAGUAAAGCUAAACUGUAGAACAGAAUAAAAUAAUUUAAAGACAA